ACAAGAAACCUUCAGGCAGGCAAUCACUACCUUCAAAACUUUAGGCAGAUCGACUGAAAGACUUCCGCGGUCACCGAAAGAGCAUAACAGGCCAAUUGUAGAGACCUUGAAUCGAGUGUUAAAAAACUACAAGUUUCCUCGACUUGCACUGUUGAUUUUGUUUGUCGGAUGCUGUUGAAAGGAUACGGUUAUAGUUCUACAGAUACAGGAUUCAAGGUAUUACUAGUUUGUCGCCCGUGGGCCAUAAAGAUUUGGACAUCAAGUGACUCAUUAUUUAGAAUUGAGGAACUGUAGCUGGUUGUUUGAGUGCAUCAGGUUAUUUUGCCAAGUUACGACUAAUGGUUUUCAAAUCUAUGUAUGAGGUUAUCUAUGAGAUUACUUGACAGCAAUAACACUCACCCAUAAUGAGCAAAAAGGAUGAGUCUGCAUCGCUCCUCACUCAAGCACGCUUAAAGUGUGAAGAUGGAGAUUUUCAUGAGUCUCUCAAUCUUUGUCGAAGAGCGUACCUAUUAGAUCCGUCACCCAAUCUUCUGCGAAAAAUUGUGCGCCUUCAGAAAAUAAUCGCCGAUGAGACCAAGGAAAAUAGUCCAGUAACUCCUACGAAAUCGAAUAGUCCUCUAAAGGAAGCUGCCAAACACUUUGCUAGUGAAGCUGAAAGGUGUAAGUCUGCCGGAAAUAUAAAUGAGUGUAUAAAUCUUCUGAAGGAGGCAUAUAUAUGUGAUCCUUCAGAUGAGAUUCAAACAAAAAUUGAGCAAAUGAAACAAGCAUCACAUCCUGAAGAUUAUACUAUCUAUACUUCAAAUGCAGAGGUGAUUUCCGGGGAAGAAAAGCUGCAGGAUGAUGGUGAUACUCAGUCAGCUCUAGUUGAUAAAGCAAAAUUAUUUUACCAAUCUGGAGAGUAUUCCGAAUGUCUUCACCUUCUUAAAAAAGCUUACUCAAUUGAACCAUGCGAUAAGAUAAAAAGGAAAAUUGAAAGAAUCGAGAAUUAUUUAAAAGAAAAUGGGAUAUCUACUGAUCAACAUUGUGAGCCUAAGCAACACAUCAACAAAAACUUCGCUAAUCAGCUUACAGGAGCACACAGUGAUCUAAUCAAGAUUGCCGAUGGAUUCAGUGUACCUAAGCUAUUGUAUGAAAAGUUGUAUGAUUAUCAAAAAGAUGGUGUUCAUUGGCUGUGGAGUUUGCAUAAAAAAAAUUCUGGUGGUAUAUUGGCCGACGAUAUGGGUUUGGGUAAAACAGUCCAGGUUAUUGCCUUCCUUUCUGGCCUCUUUGUAUCCAGUAGAUCAUGUUGUACAGCUUUAAUUGUGAUGCCAGUCAGUGUUUUAGUUGCCUGGGAAAGCGAAUUAAAACGAUGGGCACCAACACUUCGUGUUAUGGUUUUUCACGAUAGUAGUCGGUCUGAUCGUCUUAAAGGUUUGGUGUCUAUUCAACGACAUGGCGGUAUUUUACUGACAACUUAUGGAACACUUGUUUCGAGUGUAAAAGAUCUGUCGACUGAUUUGAACGCGAAUCCUGAAUUUCUAAGAUCGAAAAAGUCAGCUUAUGAAGCAGAUGUUGAUGAUAUUCUUACCAGAACUGGUAAAGAGUUCCAUUGGACUUAUUUAAUACUAGAUGAAGCACAUAAAGUGAAAAAUCCAUCCGCUAAAAUGACUAAAGCAGCUCAGGCAAUUUGUGCAGAUCAUUGUGUCCUGUUGACUGGUACUGCUGUUCAGAAUAAUCUUAAGGAAUUAUGGUCUCUAUACAAUGUGACUCAUCGUGGUCAACUUUUGGGUACACAGAAAACAUUUUCUAUGGAAUAUGACAAACCAAUAUCUCGUGGACGUGAAAAAGAUGCUAGUCGUGCAGAAAAAGUACACGGUCAAUUGAUGGCUGAAAGUCUACGACGAAUUAUAGAUCCCUACUUUUUAAGACGAACAAAAGCUGAAGUUUUGUCGAAAAAUUAUAACAUGAAUGCAGUUGUACCAAUUAAAGAUGUAAUGCCGCGUAAAACAGAAAUUGUACUCUGGAUUUACCUGAGUUCAAUACAAGAGUCUAUAUAUCAGGACUUUUUACAAUUGGAUCAUGUAAAAGAAUUACUCAUGAAUCGUACAACACGUUCACCAUUAAUGGAAUUGAUAAUUUUGAAAAAAAUCUGUGAUCAUCCACGUCUCCUGUCGACAGAACAAUGCUUAAAUCUUAACCUACACUAUGAUGAUAAGAAUAUUGAUAACAAUGAUAAUUAUCAUAUUGAUAAAGUCUCACAUAAAAUACACUUUCCUCCAGCAGAACAGUUAAUUAAAGAAUCUGGAAAAUUUGCAUUUCUACACUGUUUAAUGAAGCAAUUUCUAAAAGAAUUACAAUCGAAUCCACAAAAAGAUUCACCACGUACAUUAAUAUUUUCACAAAGUUUAAAAUUUCUUGAUAUGGCAGAGAAAGUGAUUUUAAACAUAACAUGUCCAAUGAAUGAUGAUUUAUCAAAUAAUGACAAUAAUAUCAAGUGUCUAACUAAACAUCGUGUUCUACGAUUAGAUGGUCGAACAUCAAAAGUAUGCGAUCGUUUGAAUAUAAUUAAUAAAUUUCAAAAUGAUAAAUCCUAUACAGUUAUGCUUUUAACUACCCAAGUUGGUGGUGUUGGUUUGACAAUUACAGCAGCCAAUCGUGUCAUCAUUCUUGACCCUUGUUGGAAUCCUGCUGUAGAUGCACAAGCUGUAGAUCGUGCUUACAGAAUAGGCCAGAAGUUAGAUGUGGUGGUUUACCGGUUGAUAACGUGUGCUACUGUUGAAGAAAAGAUUUAUCGUCGUCAAAUAUUUAAGGACUCCGUAAUACGUCAGACAACUGCACCAGGUCAAAACAAAACAGAUCUAGAUCCAUAUCGCUAUUUUAGCCGCCAAGAGUUGUUUGAAUUGUUCAGGUUAGGUGACACACGUGUUUCGGAGACUAAACGACAGCUUGAUUUAUUGCAUGAUGGUUCAGAUAAAUGGUGUGACGACUCCAUUAAUCCACAUUUAAACUUUCUAUGCGGUGAUGAAUUGAAACAUGCUAUAUAUGGCCUGUCAUUCCAUGAUUUGAUGUUUAGUAAAGAGUCGAUUAACGAUGGUCCCAUUGAUACAGAUCAGGAGAAAUUGUAUGUCAUAGGACGUCGUGUUGCUGCUGAACGUGCAAUAGCCGAGGAGUGCGCUGCUGAAGGAAGAAUAAUCAAUAAAGAACCAUCAAUAAUAGUAGGAAAUACUGUGCAAUCUUUGCCUACACAAACGGCGAAUCCUAAUUUGCAGAUUCGAUUCCCACCGUACAGUUAUAAUAAUAAUGACAAUCAUCAUACUGAUCAAGCUUUGUUGAAUCAGUUGUUUAAACCUUCGAAGGCUGAUACUCACAGACCUAUGUUUAAUAGACCAAUAACUAAACAGUUGAAUGUAAAAGAUACAUUAAUGGAUAAUCCACAGUCUAUUUGCCAAACUACGGCAGAUGUUAGUAAAAUCCCUGUUUUAACUGAUACAACUCUUCCAUAUAAAUACGAAAGUCGUAUUCCAAAUGUGCCUGUGUUAAAUAGUAGGGUAGAACAUCGAUUAAAUGAUCAAAAGUAUCUGGUAGAUUCCCACGGAAUAGGUGGAUCUAUCUCACCUACAGUAGAAAGUCACGUUCAAGGCACCACCAAAAUUCCAGUUGCAGAAGAGUGUAUUGAAAUUAGUAAUUCUUCUAGUGAAGAUGAUUUUGAUGAUGACAUCCUCAAUAAACCUGCUAGUGGAUUAGGUACUCAUUCAAAUUCUACUAUAGAUCUUAUUAAUGUAGAUGAGUCGAUUGCACAAAGUUUACGAGAAAUGAGUAUAACACAGACAACACCUGUAAAAUCCAAUCACAUGUCUGAUGAGAAAAACAGCAAGGAAUUAAGUAUAGCAAAAACUUCGCUUCACCCUCCUCGUUCUUCAUUAAAGUCAAGAUCAUCUAUGCAUUUCGAUAAAAAAUUUUAUCGUUCCACUCCGAUAUCUACAAAGAAAGCAACAAAUAUUCCUCCAAGUAAACACUUUGAACAGUGUGAUCAGAACUUUGACGAUAGUAUCUCUGAUAGUGCUAAAUCACCAGGUAAUCAUGAAUAUAAUGCGGCUCAAGAGUAUAUACACAUGGAUAUUAGUGUGAAUAUGAAUGACGAAGACAUGGCUAAUACAGUGGACAUGAGAUCAAUUCAACAAGUACUUGCGAAGUCUGGUCUACUUAAUACCACUGAUGUAAAAGAAAUGCGAGAAGUAGAGCAAUCCAGGUCGAAGUUUUCGUCCUUAGACGGAAGUCUUCAAGCGUCCGUCAAGGAAACGUCUGAUAAUUCAGCUCCGGAAGAAAAUAAUUUCAAUAAAUCUCCAGGCGGUUUUGAAGAAGUUGUGAUGGACUCUUACGUUACUAAUCAGUCGCUAGACGAUACACAAAAUAUUUCGCAAGAUAUUAUCGAAGAAAGUGACAUUGUUGAAUCCAGUUUUUAAAGAGACUUUAGAGAACAUUAACAUGGAAACAUGUAAAUAGUACACCAGUUCCUUUUACUGUUUAUUAAUUUAUAUUUAUAUCUAAAAUAAGUCAUCUUUUGUGAUAUAUAGACUUGAUAACUGAUGUAAUACUUUGUUUUUACACCUUGAUCAUCAUAUUUCCCCCAUAUGGUUAUCGUAAACUGUUUUGGGAGUGAAAGAACCAAGCAUACGUUGCAUCAGGUUAAUGCAUAUUUGCAGAAUAUUGUUAUGCUUAGAAUUGUAGUCGAUGAAAUUUAUCACGCGUAAGGAUUUCAUGGCAGAUGAUGUAAAUUUCUAUGCAC